CGACCCGCAUCAACUCACUAGAAGAUUGGUCGAAGCCCUUGUUAGGCUUUGCUAGUCCAGAUCUUAGCGCAGGUUGAGUAAAACCACAUCGAGUGAGUAAAAGCGGUAACAAGCGAAGUCUGACUCUGACAUAUGAAGAAAAAAAAGCCUGGCUAGAGGAAGCUGGGUUGUGAUUAUUUUUGGUGUAUUUUGUCUUACUUGUUGUGGCAAAGAUGGGCGGACGUUUCGACGAUCUCGAAUCAGUGACCUGUUCGAGCUUCUCCAUGCCACGGCAAGGGACAAGCCAGUGUUUCGAUUUUCAAGUAGUGCCCAUUUUCUGUCCAGAGGCAGUACCUAUCUUGACGAUUAGGUGGAUGUUUUUGGCUAUGCCUACCCGUCUGUCCAUCUUGCCUAUCGUUUUGAUCUUGAUGAUGUGCGGUAUCGAUAUCAGAUCAGAUAGGAAUAAUCAACGGCUCGACCUUCCAACGCGUAGUGGUAUCUCGGGUAACUACAAUUAUGUUGGAUCAUAUAUACACGCUGCACAUGUACGCAAAGUGUACAUAGUAUGUAUAGGAGCGCCGAGCUUGGUGGACACACGUAGACUCCAUACACACUUUCUGGAAGCCAAACUCAUCUUUGAUAGAGUGUAUCUCGCCAGAACAAGCAAAACGAAACGAUGGCAAAAACGAUCAUGAGCAUGCAUAGACGGCAGCACCGCGGCCACUGCCGCACUUGCAGGAAAUGGAGAGGCAGGCAUAGCAAGCAUACCAGGGCAAAGUAUUGAUGAUUGCUGACCAGGGAGGGGGAAAACAGGCAGU